UCGAUCAACCAUCCCAGAUGUAGAAUCGUUGUUCACUCCCCUGACACAGAUGUUCUUGUGCUUGGAGUUUGUCACUAUACUAGAAUUGGCUGCGACGAACUCUGGCUCAAAACGGGAAUCAAAGAUCGCCUUCGGUUCAUCCCACUACACGCUAUGGCUCAACAUCUGGGAGAGAGAAUGUGCGAUGCUCUGCCAGGAUUUCAUGCCAUUUCUGGUUGCGAUUCCACGAGCUCUCUUAGUGGAAUUGGCAAGAAAAAAGCAUGGGACAUCCUUCAAAGUAACAAGGAUCACCAGGAUAGUCUAAGUCUGCUCGGAGCUGCAGAAAACGUCGGUGCUGCAACUAGGUCCAAGUGUGAAGAGUAUGUAUGCAAUCUUUACCUCAAGAGAAAGUCAACAUCAGCUGAUGAGCUACGCUACCUCCUCUUUUGCCAGAAGAAACAAAAGAGCGAAAGGCUUCCUCCAACAUCCAACAGUCUGCAACAUCACCUGGAACGGGCCAACUACCAAGCUCUUGUAUGGCGUCGCUCUUUUGAGGCAAUGCAGGACCUCCCGAGGCCAGAAGAUAGCGGGUGGAAGAGGUCAGGGAUUGAGCUGAAGCCAGUUCUGAUGUCCAAGGACCCUGCCCCAAGCAGUUUGUUAGAGCUCUCGACGUGUGGCUGCAAAUCUGGCUGUCAGAGGAACUGUUCUUGCAAUAACAACGGACUCUCGUGCUCCGAAGAGUGCAGCUGCAUGGCUGGAACAGACUGCAGGAAUCAGUAUUCUUUGCGACUAGCAUGCAAUGACCUCUCCAAUUCUGACGACUCGGAUUCAGAUUCUGACUGAGUAAUACACGAGCGGGCUUCCUGUGGUGCCGGCUAGGGAUAAAUAAAGGCAGUUGGAUCUCCAGCGACACGGACAUCAGCUCAGAGCUCAAAGCAGCCAUUAGAUGAGU